AUGCUGCGGCGAAGGCAGGAGCCGGGAGAGCGGCGGGCUGGGGAAGCAGUGGUCCGAAUGCUGGAGAAUGGCUCUCUCCACAAUUGUUGUGAGUUGGCCGGAUCUGACGGCUCUUCAGCCUGGGAGGAAGAGGCUCGGCCCUUUUGGGUGGCCCCGGCUCUGUCCAGCGUGCUGAUCAUCACCACUGCUGUAGACCUCGUGGGCAACUCUCUGGUGAUUCUCUCAGUGUUAAGGAACCGAAAGCUCAGGAAUACAGGUAAUAUGUUCUUGGUGAAUCUGGCUUUGGCAGACCUGGUGGUUGCCUUAUACCCCUACCCUCUGAUCCUGAUGGCCAUUCUCCACAAUGGCUGGACCCUGGGUGAGAUACACUGUAAAGCCAGUGGAUUUGUGAUGGGCCUUAGUGUCAUUGGCUCUGUCUUCAACAUCACUGCAAUUGCUAUUAAUCGGUACUGCUGCAUCUGCCACAGCCUUGGUUACAAAAAGAUCUACAGGGCUUGGAACACUGUCCUCUAUAUCUGCCUCAUCUGGGUCCUCACAGUUAUUGCUCUGGUGCCGAAUUUUUUUGUGGGCUCCUUAAACUAUGACCCCCGCAUCUAUUCCUGCACAUUCAUCCAGACAGCGAGUGCCCACUACACCAUCGCGGUGGUGGUGAUCCAUUUCCUUGUCCCUAUCACCGUUGUCACUUAUUGCUACCUGCGGAUCUGGAUGCUGGUGAUUCAGUCCAGGAGAAGGGUCAGGCUGACAAUGAAGCCCAGACUGAAACCAAGUGAGGUCAAGAAUUUCCUCACCAUGUUUGUGGUCUUUGUGAUCUUUGCCAUUUGCUGGGCUCCACUGAACUUCAUUGGUCUUGCUGUAGCGAUUAACCCUCUGGACAUGGCUUCCCGGGUCCCAGAUGGGCUAUUUGCCACAAGCUAUUUCCUGGCCUAUUUCAACAGCUGCCUGAACGCCAUUAUAUAUGGUCUUCUCAACCAGAAUUUUCGGAAGGAAUACAAAAAAAUUCUUUUGUUUCUGUGGAUACCAAGGCUUUUUUUUCAGGGCAAUUCCAAAGACAGGACUGAUAGUCAGAGGAACAAUUCUGCUGCUUCAAACAAGAACCACCCAAUAGAGACCAACAUCUUAUAA